AUUCCGUAGUACAUAUGAUUCUUGCGGCGCUCGGGGGCGGUUCACCGACGCGGGUUUCGUCGGCUCCGCCAUCUAGCGGAAGCGAAAUCCGAGGGGGACGAAAACGAAAAUCGAAACCCUAAUUAUUUUAAAAACUCUCCUCCUUUCUAUAUUCGGAGACGCAUACUCUUCGAUUUAGGUAUUGUUUCUUCUCUUUUUCGUUCCUUCUUUAUCGCCUUUCCUUGGGGAUUCUCUAGGGUUUUGGGGCGUUCCCUGUAUAGCGAUCGCCAUGGAUGGGACGGAUCAGGGCGGCGAUGAUCGGACAUUUAGGGUUAAUUUCACCACCGAGGGCUUGGCGAAACUUCGGGACAGGGUGAAGGAGAAGCUGAAGGAGUAUAUGGGUGAUUACACCGAUGACACCCUUGUGGAAUAUGUUGUUGUUUUGCUCAGAAACGGAAGGAGCAAAGAUGAGGCCAGGAAAGAGUUGCAUGUAUUUUUGGGAGAGGACAGUGUUUCUUUUGUUUCCUGGUUGUGGGAUCAUCUCUCUUCGAACUUGAAUCUUUAUGUGCAGUCACAAGUAACAACUUCGAACGAUGCCUCUAAGAGCAAUAACAUCUCAAGUGAGUCAUCCAGGAGAAACAAAUUACAAAGGGAGGAUUCAAACGUUGAGAUACCAACAGAUACUGAUAGAGGGACAAGUAAAAUUACUAGAAGGCAGCACAAGAGGGAGUGGAGAGGAUUAGUUCAGGAGGAACCAGGAGCAUUUCCUCUUCGGAGUGUUGUGACUAAUAUUCUGCAUGCGGAGGAAAAGACAGAUCAGAAAUCCAAUAAUUCUAGGCGAUCUCACUCCCCUAAUUUGCAUGUUCGGAGAAAGAGAGAACGAGAAGAAGAAAAGCAGCCUCCUAAGAGAGAUUUGUUCUCACAUCCAGUUCUUGAUGCUCCUCGCCGUCUUCUCCAAUUUGCUGUUCGAGAUGCUGUAAAAACUGUGCAACAGACUAGCCUCAGAACAGAACCCACUCCAAAGCGUCUUCGGUCUGUGGUGUCGACUUCCACUGCUGAGACUGUUCAGGACAAAAGACCACAGAGGACACGUUCAAUGCUAAGAGCACCAGGAGCUAUCACAGCAAUAAAAGCUGCUGCAGAAGCUGCUGAAGACGUGAUUAAAUCUAGGCCUUCAGGAAGCGUGUUUGACCGAUUGGGGCAACAGAGGCUUGGGAGAGAACAAGAGGAUGAGGAUGAAGAAUAUGAAGAUGUUGAUCAAAGAAGUGAAUAUGAGGGAGAAGGUGAAGUGGAAAUGACUAUGUUAGAAGAGAAACCUGAGAUUUCUGUUGAUUCUGCCUCUGAUAAUGAUGGAUAUCCAGGUGUUGAUGCUGAUGCUUCUAGAAACACCAUGAUGGCAAGCAAAGACCACGGCUCUUUAAUGGUGGAGUACAAUGUGUCACAGGAAGCUGAUGUAGUGAGAAGAACAAUGGUGAUGGACCAGGACUUACCUUUAACUUCUAGUUCAGUACCAGUGACUUCUAGCAAGAUUGUGAAUAUAUCUGUUAAUGUGAACACAUGGAAACCUCCCAACUAUCAGGUUCCAAGAGAUGUGAAUGUGGUGGAGAAUCAGGUAUCUGUGGAUAAGAGCAAUAUGAAUGCUGGGAAACCAAAUAUCAGUAUUCCGAACAAGAAGGAUGCUUCAUUGACCGAGAAAGUGAUAGCGGUUGCUGAUGUUCCAAAGGAGACCCAGAAGACAUUACCAGCACCUGUUUCUGGUUUAUACACUGCUGGCCAUCCUCUGGACGAUGUUAAUUCUCGAACUCUCUUUGUUAGCAAUGUUCACUUUGCAGCCACUAAAGAUGCUCUUUCUCGCCAUUUCAAUAAGUUUGGAGCAGUAUUGAAAGUGAUAAUUGUAACAGAUGCAGCAACUGGCCAACCAACAGGCUCAGCUUAUGUAGAGUUUCUACACAAGGAAUCAGCAGAAUCGGCAUUGUCGCUAAAUGGCACAUCAUUCAUGUCCCGUAUUCUUAAGGUUGUUCGAAGAAGCUCGCAUGAAGCUGCACAGAUGUUGGGCUGGCCAAGGAUUUCACGGGCUUCACCUUUUGCUUCUAGGCUUGGUAGGCUCGCAUAUCCGAGGGGAGUUCUUCCUGGUGCUUUCCGAGGCCGGCUUCCCAUCAAAGGCGGGGCUCGAAGCUUGCAAUGGAAGCGCGAUGAGGCUUCUAGUCCUCAGCUCACUGAGGCUGCGAAAGCUACCACUAAUGCCCUGUUAGCUUCUGGAAAUCAGGUUCUAUCUCCGACAUCAAGAAGUCUCACCUAUACUCGAACAGAGGCGAAAGCUGAUGGAAGUGCUGCUCUGUCAUAGUUACUCAGAUCGAAUAAAUUGGAUUGCCAAUUGCCUAAAAGAGUAGUUUUAGAAAGAGUUCUGAUGAAUUGUAGUAAAGGGCCUGUGCUGGCUUUUUCAUCUUCUGUGAUAAUAUACAGGUCUCAUUCUUAUGAGCGGAAACUCCAUGAAGAGAGCUUUGAAGGCACAAAAAAUGAAAAGAAAAAGGUGUCAAAGAAGAGCUUUGAAGGGGAAUGCUUGUGAAUAAAUUUAUAUAGUAGUGAGAGAGGGGAUGAGAAAUCCUUUGUUCCACCGCAGAGGAGAACCCUCCUGUUCUAUCUAGUUAGAUUUUGUGAUUAAUUUAAUCUGCCAAAUUUUCUGGUUUAGAGGCUUUUGAACUCAACAGAAACUAUGUGCCGAUUGCAUUAUCCAUCCAAUACUGUUUGAGCUUUGUUUUUCUUUUUGUCAUCUUUUUGUUUCUCCCAGUUUUUUAAUUUGGUACCAGUUUGAAAAUUGUGCUGUGAUCUCCAGAAGGCUAUUUCCACGCUACUCUUUGCGUAUUACUCAAGGAUUAUUUUUGCUUUUUUGUUUAAUGGAGUAA